GUGUGUGAGACUACCAUUAAACAAUUCUUCCUAGUGCUAAUAAAGUAUAUGCACACAACCCCUUUUCUCCAUUUUGUCUUCCCUUUUCUUCUCUUACCUGUUCUUCUUCACCAGUUUUUUUUUUCUCUCUCUCUGGUUUGUUGAACUACAUUUAAUGUUGGGGUUUGAGUCCGGAUGAGAAAGAUAGAGACUUGUAGUAAAUACAGAUGCUGAUUUUUCAAAAAAAUAAAAAUGUUUCUUGGCUCUGACCCACUUUUCCUUUCUUGAUCUACUUAUCUUAUCUCUGAAAUUCUUGGCUUCUUGUUGAUGCUAUUGUUGCUGUUCUUCUUCUUGUUUUAAGGAUUCUGAAUGAAGUUAUGGAGCUAUGAUUAUCCUAGAGCACUUUGUAGGUUUGUUAUCACCUGGACUCUUCAUAUCUACCUCAACAAGCAUCUAUGUUUUGUAAUUAGAAAAAGUUAUAGGGAAAAAAAACAUUUCUUUUUGUUCAUAAGUAGAUGAAGUUUUAGCUUCUGCAAGAAUGAAAUUGGUACUUGAAAGGCUAUGCUCAUUUUUCAUAGACUCUUGUUGUCUUCAAAGCUGCUUAUAGAAUUUGCAUGAUAUGUUUAGUAUAAAGCUUGAGAUACAAUACUGGAUUCUAUUAGAAAUGAAUUUGUAACGUCCUGACUUGAAUCUAACAUUGAGUGAUAAACCGACAAAGAGUUGAAUCUUCCUUUCUUGAACUGAAAUCUGAUUUUGAACUGAUUGGUAUCCCUGUUGGUGCCAAUUUUGCGGUGUCAACAUUAGCGAUUUUACAUCUUUACGUGAGUUACUUAUUUCACUAUUGAUGAUGGAUUUGCUGAAAGAUUGAUGACAUUUGAAAGCAAUUAUAUCUUUUAUACUCAUUUUGUUGUAACUAAGCUAGGACAACUGGCAUGAGGCAUAACCUUAAGAAUCUAAAGAAGUUGCAUCUGAUAAAAGUCAUGUGAUUUACUUUACUUAGGUGCCCAUGUGAAGAUGUCUCUUUAUACUCUUUUCUUCCCUUUCCCUUCUUUUCUCUUUGAAUGCCUUUCUUGCUUUUUCCUCUUCAUUUUUCUUCAGAAAUCUAUUGUUGUUACUGAAAUAUUCUUUUGCAGCUGUAACUAUUUGUCAAGCUUUCUUUAGGUUACUGGAAGCUUAACUGAUGUGAAAGAGUUAAUAGGCCAGUAACAUUUUUUUGUGGUGUUUGGCCUUCGACCUAUCAGUUUCAAGUUCAGAUGUCGUUCCGCAGUAUAGUUCGUGAUGUAAGAGAUAGUUUUGGUAGCUUAUCAAGACGAAGCUUCGAUUUAAGGCUGUCUGGUCAUCACAGGGACAAAUCACAUGGUUCAUUUUAUGACUUAAGUGACCACCCUCCUGUUAUCCAAGACAGUUGUUGGGCCAAUCUUCCUCCAGAACUACUUUUUGAUGUAGUUAGAAGGUUGGAGGAGAGUGAGAGCACAUGGCCCGGUCGUAAGCAUGUCGUAGCAUGUGCUGCAGUCUGUAGGUCAUGGAGGAGUAUGUGCAAAGACAUUGUUAGAAAUCCGGAAUUUUGUGGAAAACUAACUUUUCCUGUUUCCCUAAAGCAGCCUGGGCCUCGUGAUGGAACUAUUCAGUGCUUCAUCAAGCGGGAUAAAUCUAAUUUGACUUACCAUCUUUUCUUGUGUCUUAGUCCUGCAUUGUUGGUCGAAAAUGGAAAGUUCCUUCUCUCUGCAAAAAGAACCAGACGUACUACUUGCACAGAGUAUGUCAUCUCAAUGGAUGCAGAAAACAUCUCUAGAUCAAGCAAUACCUAUAUUGGAAAAUUAAGAUCAAAUUUUCUAGGUACAAAAUUCAUUAUAUAUGACACACAGCCUCCUCACACCGGUGCACUUAUCCCUCCUCCGGGGCGCACAAGCCGUAGAUUCAAUUCCAAGAAAGUCUCUCCUAAAGUCCCAACUGGAAGCUAUAUCAUAUCCCAGAUCACAUACGAGCUGAAUGUGCUUGGAACACGGGGUCCGCGGAGAAUGCACUGUGUCAUGCACUCAAUUCCUGACUCAGCACUUGAUGCCGGUGGCUCUGUGCCUGGCCAACCAGAGCUUCUCUCAAGGCCCCUUGAGGAUUCAUUCCGCAGCAUCUCUUUCUCAAAGUCACUCGAUCAUUCUACCGAGUUCAGUAGUGCACGAUUUUCUGAUAUUGCCGGAGGAUCAACUAAUGAGGAAGAUGAUAGCAAGGGGAAACCACUGGUCCUAAAGAACAAGGCACCACGAUGGCAUGAACAACUGCAGUGCUGGUGCCUGAAUUUCCGAGGACGAGUGACAGUUGCAUCUGUCAAGAACUUCCAGUUGAUCGCUGCCACUCAACAACCUGCUGCUGGACCGACAACCUCUCAGCCAACAAGCCAAUCGGAUCACGACAAAAUCAUCUUGCAGUUCGGGAAAGUAGGCAAAGAUAUGUUUACCAUGGACUACCGGUAUCCUCUAUCUGCAUUUCAGGCAUUUGCUAUCUGCUUGAGCAGCUUUGACACAAAAUUGGCUUGUGAAUAGAGCUAAACAUUUACACAUUUAGAGUGCUAAAAUUAUUAACUGUAAUGCUUCUAUUCUGGAUUUAUUGUAUUUCCUUCUUCUUUUUACCAUUGGAAAUGGAGUUUGUCCCUAAAAUUACGCCAUGGCGUAAAAACCUGGUUCCUGUGAAAAGUUGUAAAAGAAAUCUUUUUCUAAUCAAAUGCUCAGGCACUGACUGGAUCACUGCCAUUUAAAAGAA